GAACGACAUGCCACAAUAGCAGGACUGCCAUCGAAACUUGGUGAAACCUGCUUUCAACUCAGAGCCUUCUACACAUAACCUGCCCUCUGGUAUUCAAGGUUCUGAAAUGCCAUCAUUCGUGUACAAUACUCCUUGGGCGCUCCAGACUAUAGGCGUUUGAUUGCUCUGAUGUGAUGUACGCCAUGGCGAUGUUGCUAGCUAUAAAGGCUCCUUUUGCCCUACGACACUCGGGGCAAGCUAUCCACAGACAAAAUGGCCGACGACAUCCCAUCAUUCCAGCCUUAUGUCCUAACCCCUCUUGACCACCUGGUCCCACCAUUAUAUGCGCUCUUCUACUUGUCCUUUCAACCUAAACAUCCCCCCGAGGCUAUUACCGCUCUUGAAACCGGUAUUUCACACUUGGUAGCCCAAUGGCCUUUCUUGGCCGGUAAUGUUGCUCGGGUCCAGAAAGGGUAUAAGAGAAAUAUCCUAGAGCUCCAGUCACCGACUGCAGCAGACCUCCUUCGAUACCCAAUCUUGCAGGUCAAGCAUCACCAGCAUUCGAUGUCGCAUGAAAUGUCGCUGCCUGUCAUCAAUGAUAAACUACUACAUGUGCCAACAAAGGUUCCUAUUUCCUACCCCAUCCCUGCCGUGCGGUUCCAAGCCAAUGUCAUGCAAGACGGGGUUGUUCUGUGUCUCGGCUGGCAUCACCAGGUGAUGGAUGCGGUGGGUGUCACCAUACUCUUGGGGUCCCUAUCUCAAUUUUGUCGUGGGUUGGAUCGAGAGACUGCCAUUCCCAGGCGGUUCCCGACGGAUCCCAAGCAUGAGGAACGCUCGAGGAGGCAAAUAGAAGAAGCCAGCACCCCCAAAAGAUCUGACUGGGAAGGGGCAUAUCAUGGAAUCAGCUGUGAAGAAGUCUGGAAUGGCUAUUCCGAGCCACUUAUCUGUCGCCGGUAUGCUAUGCAUACGGAUAAGGUCAACUAUCUCAAGAACACGUGCAACAAGCUUAUCCAGGACCUGGUCAGAAGUCCUCCAAACCCACGGGAAAAGCUAUCCGAUGGUAUUACUGAAUACUUAGAUGGAAAUGACAAUAUGUCAAGUGAUGAUGUGGCUACUGCUCUGACGUGGCUCUGCGCAUCCCGUGCACGUCGCCGAGCGGCAGCCAAGCAUUCUUCCGACUUGCCGCCCAUGUCCUCUUUGUCGAGGCUUGUGGAGGUUCGCUCCACUCUUCAGCCUCCUCUUCCAAAGAGCUACCUGGGGAAUUGUGUCGUGGCUGCCAGAGCUCAGUGCGACUGGGAAGAGAUUCCCGCUUCGCAGAAAUCCUCUGAAGUUUCCAAGAAAAGAGGCCAUGUUGACGGAGAAAUAGCCUAUGCGCUCCUGAAAUUGGCUUUCAGAUCUCGGGCUAAAUGCAGGUCUAUUGAUGACGAGUACAUCUGUGGUAUAAUAGACUGUAUGAAGGAAUGUGAUGAUUACACGUCAUUCUCGAUUGCCCCUGCUAGCGUUGAGAUGUCUAGCCUCCGAAAACUGGAUAUAUUCACAUGGGACUGGGGCUCAAAUAUUGGUCCGAUGGUAGAUUUUGAUACUAUCGACAGCCGAACAGAUGGAAUGUCUCUGAUCCUACCCGCAAGCUCUGCAAAGCCAUGGCAAAGUCCUUGGGAGAUCCGCAUUACCUUGCCGCUAGCGGCCAUGAAAGAGUUCGAGAAAGAUGAGCUGCUUGGCUGGGUCACAAGGGCCGGGAAGCCCAGCGUUCAGGCUAUGAUGUAACUGAUGGUUAGUCUGUAUUACGUACCCUAAGUUUAAUUAUAGCUGGAAACCGGUGGUUCCCUCCAUUAGCUGGAUCUAAUCUGGUUUCUACAGAGCUGUGGCGGUCCCUAUUCUGGUUUGAACACCUUCUCCAUCCCGGUCA